AUGCCGCCCCGCGCCCUGCGCCGCGCCGCCGCCGCCGCUCCGCUCCGUCUGCGGGCCCCGCCGCGGCGCUCCGCCGGCUUAAAGCCCGGACCCGCUCAGCGCUCCGGAGCCCCACCCCGCCCGGCGCCCAUUGGCUGCCCGCGGAGCCACCUCCCGCCCCCCGGGCCCAGCCCCCGCCCCACGCUCCCGCCUGCCGCCGAGCCCGGCGGCCCGGAGUUCGCCAUUGGGCCUCGCUCCCGGGGUCCCGCGCGCCGGCGACUCCGAGCCCGGUCGGUCCCACACUGCGCGCGGGCCCAGUUCCCGCCUAGAUCCCGCCGGGGCGGCCAGAGGAGGCGGCGGGGAUUGAGGGCUCCGGGAGGCGCUCCGGCUCCGAGAAGCGGCUCAGCCCGGUGUUCUUCCCUUCGCAGUGCCGCUGCGGGUGGGCCGGGAUUCCCGCGGGUCUCGGCGGCUGGGAGCGGGAAGCAGCGCGGGUCCUCGGCUGGGUUCCGGCGCUGCUGCUCACCUCGCCCGCCUCGUCUCUGCAGCUUCCAGCGUGCACAGAGCUCUCUGUGUGCCUCCCGGUGCCCGGUUUUCCCUCUUCUCCCUCUAGACCCAGAGUCGCAACUUCACUCGACCUUUGUGACCCUGAGAGCGCGUCGGGCGCGAGCAGAGCCGACUCGUCCUCGGCUUCAUUCCUCCCGCAGACACCCCUUCUGCGUGUCACCGCGGCCCAGCAUGAGAAGCCAGAGCUGGAUGCCAGCCCCCUUCUUCCCCAUCCCCCAGCACCUGGGAGGCACAUGUGCAUGUCGCCGCUGCACUCUGGUCUCCGGCGCCCGAGCAGCCACAGCACGUCCCAGGGGCCUGGAGACAACAAACGACUCCCUGCUGCCAGGCUGCUCGCUGCCUCCUGACUGCCAGCCGAUUCCGCUGCACACCGGCAGAUAAUCAUGGGUGGAGCUGGGUCUAUCUUCAGCGCAUGUGGAGCUAACACCCACGGCAGUGCACAGCCCUGGAAUAGGAGGCAGAAAGGCCCGGGGCCAUCCCUGCACUCUCCGGCUGCCUUAGCUCUGGCCCUUCCUUGAGGAGGGGGCCUUGGACGUCUGUUGGGUGGUCUUCCUGGAGGGGGUUCCAGCCCCAAACCCUCCCAUCUUCCCUCCACGGGCCCCUCACUUGUAGUAGUCUUGAUACCCCUCAGCCCCAGCUUCAGAGAGCUUUGUCAGAGACGGGAAAUCAGUGUUGCGGGAAAUUUCGCAAAUUCCCAGCAGCGUCCGGCCCCACCUUGCGUGGGCGGCCUUCAGCCUUUUCUGCGAUGCUGGAUGUCAGGUCUCCCUUCUUUUGCACCCUCCUGCCACCCCGGGCCAGCUGGGAACGUCUGAAACCCCUUUCUCUUGUCCCUGUGAGGCUGCCUGGGGUGGGGGUGGGAGCAGGGGCUUGAGAUAAGGAACCAGAUCUCACCUCCUUCCCAGCCAGACUGCCAAGAAGUUCCUGGGCAGGUUCUGAUAAGGCCCAACCCGAUCUGCAGGCCUCCCCGGGCCCCUCCCCUUUGCCCUUGGCCUGGGGGACCCUCCCCAGCCCUGACCGAGGCACAGGAGCCCUGCGGAGAGCCGUGAGCAAGCUCGUGAACUCCACAAGGGCUCGUGGCAGGAGC